AUGCAAUCACUGCACCGUAUUGUUGUCGUCGGUUCGCGCAUUCUGCGCAAUACAUUCACAAACGAAGCAGUUCAAUUGCCAGCUGUACUGCCGCGACGGAAGCUGAAUGACUUCAUCGACAACCGGGAUGAUGAACGCGGUGACGACGACUGCAUACUAGCGGUUGAUAUGCUUUCCCGUGAGGCGCUCUUCACACAACGCUUGUACAUGCACGUGUCCUGGUCCACACGGAUACCCCACUGGAGGUACUCGGCGUUCGUGGCAGCCUCAAGGAACUGGUUCAGCUUUGCCACACGGUCCUGA